AGUUGUGUUAAGCAGGGCUUUCGGCAUAAAACACUGCCACCAUGUUUUUUUCGUCAUGACUUCAUAGUGUUAAUUAUUUUUGUGUUAUUAAUUAAUCAGCUGAUUGACACUAAAUUCGAUGCCACCAAAUCCAACUAGGUGGGAUUAAGUUAGCCAAAGUAGAUUGCCCCAGAGAUACUCACUUUUGGGUAUAUGAUGAUGGUUCAUAUGAAGAAGAAGGCCAAAACAGUAUUAGAGGAAACAUAUGGGAGAAGGCAGGCAUUCACUCGUUUCCUAUGCUCAUUAUGGUCAUUGCCCAUUCCCCUUGCAAAUACUCAAGGACCAAUAGAGGAUGGAACUACUUUUUCAGGGAGGUCUCUGCCUGGUUCUUUGGAGCAUAGCGAGUCUCAGAAACUUUUGCUAUUUGGGUUGGAGGGAUCUGGGACAAGCACUCUUUUUAAGCAAAUGAAGUUUAUUUAUGGAACUAAGUUUACUAUGGAUGAGGUACAAAACCUAAAGCUUCUUAUUCAAAGCAACAUUUAUAAAUACCUUGGCAUCUUACUUGAGGGUCGAGAGCGCUUUGAAGAGGAAGCCUUGAGGGAGAAGAACACAUCUUUGCGAGGUGAAAAUCUCUCACCAGGUGAUAUAAGAAAUGGAUGUAAGACAUGCAUAUAUUCUCUCAAUCAAAGGCUGAAGCAGUUUUCCGACUGGCUGUUGGAGAUCGUGGCUUCUGGGGAUCUGAAUGCCUAUUUCCCUGCUGCAACCCGUGAAUAUUCCCCCCUGGUGGAUGAGAUAUGGAAAGAUCCAGCCAUUCAAGAAACUUAUAAGAGGAUAAACGAAUUGCAUUUCCUUCCUGAUACAGCAAAAUAUUUUUUGGACCAGGUCAUUGAGAUUUCGAGUAAUGAGUAUGAGCCUUCAGAAAAAGAUAUUCUGUUUGUCGAUGGCAUGACCCCUAGCAAUGGACUUGCCUCAAUUGAGUUUUCAUUUGACGAUCACUCUGCAAAAUCGGACGUGUUUGACGCGGAAUGCCAACGUCCACUAAGCAGGUACCAGCUGAUUCGUGUUAGUUCAAAGGGACCACACGAUUUUGGGAAAUGGAUUGAUAUGUUAGAAGAUUUGACAGUGGUAGUCUUAUGUGUGGCAUUGAGUGACUAUGAUGAGGUCUGGUCCCUUGGUCAAGGUCCUCCAGAAAACAAAAUGCUGGUAACCAGAGAUUUGCUGGGGAGUUUGGUUCGACACAGCAGUUUCAAGAAUACGAGGUCUGUGCUUGUCCUAAACAAGUAUGAUGUCUUUGAGGAUAAAAUUAGCAAAGUCCCUUUAACGGUGUGCGGGUGGUUCAAAGAGUUCAGACCUUUGAAAUCAAGCGGCGGCAAUCAGUCCCUAGCAAAUGAAGCUUAUCACUACGUAGCUCACAAGUUCAAGGAGUGGUAUUCUUCCAUCACCGGAAGAAAGCUCUAUGUCUGGCUAAGUAGGGCCCGGGAACGGUCAUCGGUGGAUGAAGUGUUCAGGUACGUGAACGAAGUGGUUAAGUGGGAGGUAGGUAAGGAUAGAAUGUGCAGUAUGGGCGAUGACAACAGUGACAAUUCCUUGUCUAGUAGUAAUGAAUGAAUGACAAAUAAUCUCUUGGCCCUUGGCUACUUUUUGAACCUCCAAGGGAAUAUUACUUCUGACUCGAAUACCCCAAAACAAAGAUUAUUGAAUGAC